UAUUCACUCUCACCUUUCUCAUAAGCGCGCGCACGACGCGAAUCUUCCGACCGAAUCGCAGAAGAAAGAUCGACUACGGCUACCUGAGCAGUAAUUCCUCGCGGAAAGGAUUUCGAUUACAGGCGAAGGAUGAGGCUGAUUGCGACGAUCCUCGUCGUCGCUUUCUCGGGCGCAACGGUGGGUCAAGAUUUCGGUGGUCAUGCCCUGUUCAUCAGGACCGCGGACGCAAAUGCGGCACGCUCGAGAGUCCCGCGAGCUGCCCCAGCAUCGCCGGCAGACGUGAUGGCGCAAAAUAUCCUAGAGUGGAUUCAGGGGAUCUACCAGCAAGGCGCACGUAAAACUCGCCAGCAAUCGGAGUCGAACGGGUACUUGCCGCCAUACAGCACCCAGCGACCGCCCGAGAAACCCCGACCCUUCCAACCAGCCCCUCAACAACCGAGUUACCCGUCACCCAGCCAAAACGACGUGACGAGCUUCCCCGUUCAGAGGCCGUCGUCGCUCUACACCCCACCAAACCUCGGGCAACCCUCGUUCUCUACCUCGCGGCCGGCCUAUCCCGGUAGCCAACAACCUUCAUCUACGUACGCGCCGCAAAAUUUCGGCGCCUCUACGUCCUACAAUCCUCGACCGAGCCAGCCCUCGUAUACGAACACAGGCUCGUCGGCUUUUCCGCCGCUAAAUUCGCCGGACACAUCGACCACUUACCUUCCGCCACAGCCGCCGUCGUCUUUCCCCUCGUCGACCAGCCAAAGACCGCCUCUGAGCAGUUCCACGGUUGUCGCCGGAUUGCCGGGUGGAUUCUCGCCUAGCGGUUUCCAAACUUCCGCCGGUAUCGGCACCACCUCGGGAGGAUACGCCUCUGCAAAUGCCGCAGCAGGUAGUACCAGUGGAACUUUGAUACCGCCGAUUACAGGAUACUCACCACCGGCUGGCUUUUCCACGUCGUACGGCUACCCGUCGGAACGACCAACUCCCAGCUUCCCCACUCCCGGCGAGAGCAGCACCGGUGCAGGUUAUCCUAGUGUUAGUUAUCCGGGUACGAGAUAUCCGUCUACUUCAACUACUGGAUAUGUGUCUUCUACACUACAACCGUCUCCGCCUUUCAUAACUGGUGAAACAGGACCAAGUGGCGAAGGUACUACGGGUAUCGGUAUCGGUACAGGAGCUUCAGGAACCUCAGAAACUGUCGGAACUGGAGUGGGUACUACUGGAAGCGGAAACACUAUCGAAGACGAAGAUCUCAAACACCCUCCGCAUAUUCACAAUCUCGAUGUCGUGUGCAGUAAGACUAUGAUGACAAUCAAUAUCGAAUUCAACCGCGUUUUCGACGGCGUUAUCUAUUCCAAGGUAAAUACGAGACUUCUCGAACGAAAUUAUGCCUUGAAUUUCAUCAAUAAUAAUGCAUCGACUCAAUCUCAGGGAUACUAUAUGAACCCGGAAUGCAGAUACGUAGCACAGAAUUCAGGUCAGACAACGUAUUCUUUCACCGUGAGUUUGGACUCUUGUGGAACUCAAUUCAUCAACGACUUCGAAGGUGAAGCUGGCCAAGCGUACUUGGAGAACGUUCUCGUGUUGCAGAAUGAACCGGGUAUACAAGAAGUUUGGGAUACAGUGCGACGAGUGCGUUGCUUAUGGGAAGGAAACAUCAACAAAGCCCUAACAGUUAAUUUCUCUGUGGACAUGUUGAACCAGGAGAUUGUUACUUUCAGCGGCGACACGGCUACGGCUAAGUUAGACAUUCAAAUCGGCAGAGGACCCUUCGCACCAGCAGCCGAUGGACUCGUGAAGAUUGGAGAAACGAUGACCCUGGUCGUCUCCGUGGAAGGCGACCCAGGCUUCGACCUUCAAGUGCGCGACUGUGUGGCACGAGACGAAGCAUCCACCAACAUGCUGCACCUCACCGACGAAAGAGGCUGCAUUCUGAAACCAAAGUUGUUUGGUGCCUUCCAAAAGACAAACGAUACUGGAAACACAGGCGCUUCUAUUAUCGCUUACGCGUUUUUCCAAGCUUUCAAAUUCCCUGACGUCAUGGAUCUAUUCAUCGAAUGUAACGUCGAACUUUGCAAGACGGAUUGCGAGUCUUGCCCAGAAAUAAACCAACAAAUCGAACCAGGCAGACGUCGUCGAUCGCUAACGUACGCACCACCAUUGAACACUACGACGAACCCGGUUCUCUUAUCGGAUCCUGUACGUAUCGGACGCGGUUUUAAAGUUAUCAUGCUGGACGACCUAAGCACAGCGUCCAGCCAGGUCCUAGAGAAUAUGGAGGAGACGGCUAUCGAGGCAAUGACAAAAGAGAAAAACGUUUGCAUGAGUAACGGUGGCUUUUACACGGCGUUCUCUCUUAUGUUGAGCAUACUCUCGAUCGCGACCGUGAGCGCGGCUGUGCUCUACGUGAAACUACAACGAGUCCGCAGAACAAAAUUCGUGGAUUCGUAGGAAGGUUUAAUACCUCCUUCUCUUUACCAUCGUGUAGAACACCAGGAAACGAGUUGCGUAGCGAACAACGAACGCGUGCCAGUAAUCAAAUAAUACUAUUUAAGGAA